AUGGCUACAUCCACAUCCAGCAGCCCUUAUACCGUCGACAAUCUCCCAUAUGGGGUCAUUUCCACCAGCGACAAUCCGAAGAAGCGAUGUGCGAUUGCAUACGAGGAUUCAGCAAUCGACAUCGACCAGCUCUUCCACCAAGGCUUCUUCGCUUCAAUUACCGACUUCAAGGACAAUGUCUUCGCACAUGGCAACUGGAACGCCUUCGCAGCUCUGCCAAAGGAUGUCCGCAAAGCCUUCCGAAGUCGGGUCCGAUCUGGUGUACUCGACGGUAGCGUGAAGGAGGCUUCGAUCCCACUGUCCAUGGUCCAAUGCCACCUGCCCAUGCACAUCCACAACUUCUCAGACUUCUACUGCUCACUCGAGCACUCCAAGAACCCCAACUGGUACGCCAUGCCAUCAGUCUACAACGGCCGCACCUCAAGUCUCGUUGUCUCAGGAACACCCUUCCACCGCCCUUGUGGCAUGUAUCCCGAUGCACGGGGCUCUCCUCAAGUUUCCUUCAAGCCCGAAUCGCACAUGGACUACGAGCUCGAGAUGGGAGUCUGGCUGUCCAAGCCUGUCCCGCGCGGCCAACGACUCAAAAUCGUCAAUGCCCAAGACCACAUCUUCGGAUUGACGCUAUUGAACGACUGGUCGGCCAGACAAAUUCAGGGUUUCGAAAUGCCCCCUCUAGGACCGUUCCACUCGAAGGGUAGCUGCACUUCGGUGAGUUCUUGGAUCGUACCCAUUGAGGCUCUGGAAGUGGCCCAGUGCCCGAGAAAGACGAAGCAGGAACCUCCGCCGCCACCGCAUUUGACCUGGCAAGAUGACGCGGCAGCGACGUUCGACAUCGACCUGACUGUCAAGCUGAUAAGAGACGGUACAUCGUACAGGUUGUGCGAAAGCAAUCUCAAUGAACUUCAUUGGACGCCAUUCCAACAGAUAACUCACCUUUCAGCCGCAGGCGAAGGCCUGUCUCCAGGAGACGUGUUCGGCACAGGCACAAUUUCAAGUCCUCGCACAAACGCCGACGGGGAGAAAAUCGGUCUGGGAUGUCUUUUCGAGCGUAACCUCCCGAACGCCAGGCUCAAAUCCAUGCCGUCGGACCUGAUCGACUCCUUUCUGAAGGAUGGUGAUGAGGUCGUCAUGGAAGGAUGGUGUAAGGACAAGGCCGGAAAGGUGAUACUCGGCUUUGGAGCAUGUAGGGGCAAAGUCUUGCCUGCCAUCAAGGAUUGA